UAUUAAGCUAAUUUAGAUAACCACUUUUCAGCUUUUCUCUCUCAUCUUCUACACAGUGCUUCUAGCUUUACUAGCUCUUCACUCCUCUACUCUUGACCAUUGCAAAUAUGAAUAAUCUUCUAGUUCCUACCUUCUGAAUCCAGUUCUCCAGCGAUAUGUCGGAUUCUAUGGGAUUACCAAGCACAUUCACCCCAGAUGCUAGGGACCCUUUCACGCGCGGCAGAUUAUAUCGCGAUACGACCAAAACACCUACAUGGACUAUGAAUUAUAUCCAUGGUUCUGGUGUGGGGGAUCCUAAGUACAGAAUUGAAAGAGAUCAAUAGCCCACAUUUUUGAAGGACAACCGUGUUUGUCCGGGAGAUGUGUUGGCCUUCUUCUAUUUGGGGAGUGGGUACUUCAUCGUGGAUGUUGUUGACAUGACGGGGGUAAUAAAGCAAUAUCACGAUUCUAGUAGUGAUAGUUGUACGUCACCGGAAAUUGAGGAGGAGGGCGAUGAUGGUGAGGAGGGUGAUGAGGAAAUUGAGGAGGAGGGUGAUGAUGGUGAGGAGGGUGAUGAGGAAAUUGAGGAGGAGGGUGAAGAGGAAAUUGAGGAGGGCGAUGAUAGGGUUGAGGUUGUUGAGGUUUUUGAAGGGGAACAUGGCCGUGGGCGUCGUGGGCGGCCAAGAAAAUACCUUCAGUCCAGAAAUUAAACAAAUGUCAUGUGCAAAAUGCAAGGUAUUUGAUUCGGAAUUUGACAAAACCUGAUCGAGCAUUUAUGGUGAUGAGGGGGAAGGAAACCAACAAUCCUACGCUGUACAUCCCCGUUGAUUUUGCACGUCAGCAUUUUAAUAGCGUUGAUGAAGAGGUGGAUGUUCUUUUCUUAAUUGGAAGAGUCUACGGAUCAAGGGUCUACGCAUCCCCAGCCACAGGGAGCAUGAUCACAGGGAAAAUGCGGAGGUACAAUAACACAGACGGAUCCCUUCGUAAAUGUGUCUUCCAUGGGAUGAAAGAAUUCAUCAACAAACUUUACAUCCAGGAGCGUGACGUUAUUGUCUUACGUCUUAUCACGGCCGGAAAUACCACAUGAUUUUAAUAAGAAGGUUAAAGACAUAUGACGCAGGAAUUUGGAUUUUGGUAGGAUAUGCAUGACAAAUACACCAAGGGAAUGGAACGUUAUGUUUUGGCGUGCUAAGGAUUUCUUGUUCACCGGGGCUGGGUGGGAAAUUUUCGUUAAUGAUUUACAACUUGUAGAAGGAAAUAUAUUGUAUUUCUAUUAUUCUAGGCUCGGUGUCUUUCAUGUCAGAGUUUUCAAUCACGACAUGGUGGAGAGGUACUUUGAAGAACCUGCCGGACCUGUUGACGUGGAGGAGGCUGCCAUGGAGGAGGCUGGUAUAGGGAAGGAGGCUGUUGGGGUGGAGGUUGUUGACGUGGAGGACACUCCAAUAGGCGAAGAGGGUGCUAUAGAUAAGGAGGCUGUUGACAUGGAGGAGGCUCCCGUGGAGGACGCUCCAAUAGGGGAAGAGGGUGUUAUAGAUAAGGAGGCUGUUGACGUGGAGGUGGGUCCCGUGGAGGACGCUCUAAUAGGGGAAGAGGGUGCUAUAGAUAAGGAGACUGUUGACGUAGAGGAGGCUCCAAUAGGAAAGGAGGAUGCCACAGGGGAGGCUCCCGCUCCCGUGGAAGAGGCUGCCGUAAAAGAGGCUCCGUGAAACUGAUGAUGUGGAGGAUAUAGAUAGGCUCUAGAGGGACUUGCAUACAGUCAAUAUGCUAUGUGGAUUGUGUAAAUAAUUAACUAAUGUUGUGUGUAUUGUGUGUGUGUGUGUGUGUGUGAAUAAUUAACUAAUGUGUUGUGAGUAUUCUGUGUGUGUGAAUAAUUAACUAAUGAUGGUUGUGUAUGUACUUAAUUAAUAUGUAAAUAAUGUUGUACGUAGAUUGUAAUAAUUAUAUGAUUAUAAAAUGUAAAUGAUGUUGGAUUUGUAA